AUGUCAUCACCAGCAAUCAUCUUUGAAUCACCGUACCCUCAACCGUUCCUCCCGAACACCAGCGUGUUCCACUACCUCUUUCCCGAUGUUGUUGGCGGUUCUCCCCUCGCCCCACUCGACCCAUCCCUCCCAGCUUACAUCGACGGGUUGGACGGGCGCGUCCUGACCCGCGCAGACGUGGUGGACGGCGCACUGCGUUUCGCAACCGGCGUGCGUUCUCUCGGCGUGGGACGCGGUGACAUUGCCCUCUUGUGGGGCCUCAACUCGCUCGAGUGGGCGCGCGCAAUGUAUGGCUCUUUCGCCGCGGGCUUGACAGUGUCCCCAGCGAAUGCAGGCUACUCGGCCGGCGAAAUCGCACACCAGAUCAACGACUCGGGCGCCUCGAUCCUCUUCCUCUGCCCCACCCUCCUUCCAGUGCUGGAGAAGGCACGGCCGCUCCUCAAGCGCGCGUUUCCAGCCGACCGCGUCGUUCUCCUCGCCCGCGAGACCUCGGGCACUCACCAUACCGUUGCCGAUCUCAUCGCCUCAGAGCCUGGAGAGGCGGAGCGGUUCGACGGCGUGCAAGCGCACAACACGGCCAUCAUGUGUUACUCGUCCGGCACAACUGGUCUUGCAAAGGGCGUCGAGACAACGCACCACAACCUCACGUCCGAGCUGCAGGCGCUCAACGCUGGUUCGCGCCAGCUCAUCAGCGGCGAAGACGUAAUCCUCGGCGUCCUCCCCUUCUCGCACAUCUACGGGCUUGGGAUGAACUUUCUCCAGCCCGCAGCUAAAGGAUGUCCCGUCGUCGUCCUCCCGCGCUUCAACGAGAUUCCUGCCCUCGAAGCGAUCCAGAAAUAUCGCAUUACCCAUGCGCUCAUCGUCCCCCCCAUUGUGGUUACGCUCCUCAACUCGAAGAAUGUACCCAACUACGACCUGACCUCACUCAAGACAGUUGUGAGCGGUGCCGCCCCGCUCGGAGGAGAGAUCGCCGACGCGUUCGCCAAGCUCAUUCCCGGCGUAAUCAUGCUCCAGGCGUACGGCAACACCGAAACCUCGCCCGUUGUUAUGACGGCUCACGCCCAUGAGUUCGCCGAGACGCCAGGCAGCGUCGCGACGUGCGGUAAGCUCCUCCCGACGUACCAGGCUCGCGUUGUUUCGGAAUCCGGGGCGGAUGUGGGUAUCAACGAGCGGGGCGAGCUCUGGGUUCGCGGUCCCACAAUCAUGAAGGGAUACCUGAACAAUCCCGAGGCAACAGCCAAGGCCAUUGUCCACGGAGGAUGGUACCGUACCGGCGACGUGGUUGUCGUCAACCAAGGGGGAUGGUACGAGGUCGUGGACCGGGUCAAGGAACUCAUCAAGUACAAGGGAUUCCAGGUUCCUCCGGCCGAGCUCGAGGCCCUCCUCCUCCAGCAUCCCGAGGUUGUCGAUGUCGGCGUGAUUGGGAUCUACGACAAGUCUCAAGCUACCGAGCUGCCGCGCGCCUAUCUCGUUACGAGGGACAAGUUGGACGCGAGGCGUGAGGCCGCGCUUGGCAAGCACGUGGCCGAGUGGGUUGCGGGCCGGGUUGCAAACCACAAGAAGCUCCGUGGUGGGGUACGGAUCAUCGAGGCUAUUCCCAAGAGUGCGUCGGGCAAGAUCCUGCGUAAGGAGCUCAGGGUGCUUGCCGAGGCUGAGCCCAAGGUCGAGGGGCGGUCGCGGUUGUAG